CAUGGCAGGACAACCAUGGAACAGGGUAAACAUACCCUUUCCUGGUGCUGUUUCCAGCGUCCGUAUGAAUUUCAACUCAACAACAGAUGCUAACAUUAAAACCCUGUUGGUGGAAAAAGAGAAGGUCCUUAAACUAAUCCGCAGUGAGAUUCUUCAAACAGAUAUACGGCUUCUCUACGAGCUGCUGUACAUCCUAAAUAACAGCUUCAGAGGAAACAAGACGUUCAAGGGUUUAAAACAGGUUGAACAAUGUGUAAACAGGCUGAAGAACAUGAAGCUGGAUGUGUCUCUCCAGGAGCUGACUGAUCUGUGUCCCAACAGGAUUCAAAGAGGACUCAGCAUCAAGGCUGGUAAAUGUGAUGUUCCCAGUCAACCCAUGCUGGAGUGGCUGUGUCUCAAAGUGCUGGGAGCCGCCCAGCUGAUGAGCUGCACAUUGAAUCGCUGCAGCAGAGCUUUCAUACUCUCAAAGCAGCAGAUGAAAUGGGAGGAGUUUCUUAUCUUGAAUGUGGUGAUUACUAGCAUGCUCAGUCGUCUGUGGGUGAUGUUCCGUGGUAUCCUGGUCAGCCUGUCCACUCUGUACCAGCAGCUCCUGGUGUUCCUCAGAGAAGUAGCCCACGCCCAGCCCAUGCCUUUUCUCACAGACUUCUCCCUGCCAGCAGACAUGGCUCAGUUCCUGUGUCCCUCUGAUGCAUUUUUACUGAUCAAACAACCAAAGCAUGAUUCCAGUACCAAAGAUGACAAGGAAAAGCAGCAGAAGAAAAAGAAAUCCUCAGUUAAAGUCAAGAGCCAGGGACAGACAGGGAAGGUUAAAGAAGACCUGGGCAUUGCUGUUGAAAGAGGUACAAAUCAUGACACUGACUUCAAGCCUUUUCUCAAGGUUGUCAGGAACUUAACAGAGGACAAAUACUUCUUGCGGGGAACUUACAAGGCUGACAAGAGACAAAAAUUCAAGAAACAAGUGAGAGAAGCCACUACUUUCGCAGACAUGGCAGCCCAUCUAGAAGAAAUGAUCCUAUGGUGCAGAUCCCAGAGGAUGGAAAAGGAAAGACGCCUUUUAACCUUCCUGCGUUUGAAGUGCCACAAGAUGACAUGUCUAGAGGCUACAGGUUACAAUAUGCAGAGGAAGUUGCAGAGCUUCAGACAGGAAGCUUGCUGGGCUGCAUCUCCUCAAGGGCCAGCACCAAGAACCUGCCGUUCCUCUGCCGCAGUGAGGAGAAAGAAUCGCCUCAGAACGCAAUGUCAGUCACUCAGGAGUCGAUUCAAGUCUUCCACAGUCAAAACUGGUGUAAAAAAUAAACACCUUAAGAGACGACGAAGGAGGAGGUGUGAGUUAUCCAUGUCUGGACUGUCAGAGACUGGUCAAAGAAGCAGGACUACAUAUGAGGCGACACCUCAGACCACCAACUGUGAUAGCCAUGAUGACAUUGAUGAUAUUUUUGCCUCUGUAGGUUUGUGACACUUGGCCAUGAGCACAUCAAAAGAAACAAAUUAGUGUGUGCCACUGAGCUCAGUACACAGUGUGACUCAU